UCCAAAAUUACGAAUAAUGUUAGCCAACCAAAAUAAACUCUUUAUUUGUUUUUAAUUAAACAACUCAAUCAGUUAUUCAAUUUGUUAUUCGUUGUUUGUAUAGUUUUUAUAUCGUAUUGACCUGAAAUGUCUUAUUUAGUAGGACGCUCGAAUCUAUCAUGUUUUUUUCGGUUGGCUUUGAAACCAAGAUUAUUGAGUGGGAACACAAACUUCAUGUCGACCGAUGCAAACAAGGUAGCAAGUGCAGAUAAAACAGAUGAAACAGAGGAUUUGGAUGUCCUUUAUAAAAAAAUAGAACUUAAACUACAGGCUCAUGAUCCACCAGUUUUACAAUCCUACAAGAAAUUUGUUUUAACUGUUUCUGAAGAGCUUGGAAUUCCGGUCGUGAAAGCGGAGGAGCCUUGGCGUCAUAUUCAAAGGAGACCACUUUUGAAAUCGCGUUUCAUCUACAAAGAUCACAGAGCGGUGUAUGAAUUCAGGACAUAUUUCUUGAAUAUGCAAUUCAAACAUUUAACUGGUUCAACAGCAGAUACAUUUUUGGAGUAUAUAGAACGUAAUCUUCCAGAAGGUGUUCAUUUAGAAGUUGUUAAAACCGCAUUAUCGAAAAUGCCGGAUCAUAUUAAUGCAAAAGAAGCUUUAGCUGCCGCUACAGAGUGAUAUUCACUUUAAUUAAAUUAUUUUCUUUUUUGUAUAGUUACAUACAUAACAAUGGCAUUACAAAAUUUCAUUACAUUAGUCAUAGUAAUAAAAAAAUAUACAAAUAUGUA